AAAGGAGAGUUUUGUGCAAAGCUGUAUUGUCUGCGAUUGGUUGGAAACUUAAACACACCGUGAGAACGCCGUCACCACCCUGCGUUCCAUGUGGGCUACCACAGUGGAUUAACCUCGCAGACUGGGCACCCGUACAACAUUUAUUUCUCUGUCUCUUUUGCUCUCUCCUUUCCCCGAAGUCUCUUUCUUCGAUUGUUGACUUAUCAUCCACCGACGGUUAGUUCGUGACAAGAAAGCUUCGAUUUUUCCCGCCGAGUGGCUUCGGGUCUCUCGCUGCUGUCUACCCGGGCGGGAGCAAGGUAUCGCACAUUCCGACGCGGCAUGAGCGACGGGCCCCUUGCAAGUUUAGCCUCCGCGGAGGACCCCUAUUCCCUUGACAUGCAAGGAAGUAUGGAGGAGGAGGAGGAGGAAGAUGACGAGGACGACGAUGAACGAGGGCGACAUCGAGCAGAUGAUCUAACGGUGUUAUGUGAUGACAGUGAGGAUUACCCUGGGUCUCGAGUACCGACCCCUCCAUCGUCUGCUGGUCUACACCCUACUAAUACUAGUAACAGUCCAAGCAGCUGUGUACUGUCCCAGCUGGAUACUAACACGGAAUAUGACUCGUUACCCCCUGCCACACCUCACACGGGUCACGAUGAACCUGUCUACUAUAUUGGUAGCGGUGAAGCUCAUGGUUUACCCACCGCCAAACACGGCGAUGGACUUCUGCAACGUCUCGCCAUCCGAGCUAUUCAUCUCUACGCGUCCGAUACCGACGUCGAGACGAACCCGUCAUCGAGUCUCGAUGACAGUAGUAGCUUUGGACCAGAGCAUACAGGGCGGGAGGUUCGACUUCUGAUCAACGACAGCGAACCGUUGCUCCGAGUUGUCGAUCACAACACCGGCGCCAAGAUACUUGCCCUUAACUGGAACGGAGUUAAUAAAGUAUUUCUCACUCCAGCCUGUGGAGAGCAGAUCAUAGUGAUUUCUGUAGGGUCGCCAGUCUCGGCCAGUGGGACUACACAACUCCAGCAUGAUGUCGACUUUGUUUUCUUCGCCUGCGCGUCUCGACGACAGGUAAUUACUCUUAUCAUAUUUUACUUAUACCCCUGUCUGUUUAUCUACUAAAUGUUUUCUAAGACUUUUUCAGUGAACAGCGAAUAGCUUGGAUGUGAACCUCUCUUUUGUUUCAAUCGUAAUUUUCGAAGGCCACUUGGUUUUAUUUGUUUGUCGUUACGAAACAUAGAGAAUGAUAAUUAAGAUUAAACGAAUGGACAUUAUAUGAUGUAUGUGCAUUACAAUCGUCAAUGGCCUAUUAUCAAUAGCUUUAACAAUCACAAAUACCUUCAUUGUCUUCAACAUCGUGAUACGAGAACAGUAGUACAGUGGUAGUAGUGGUAUAGCAGUAAUGGAACAACAACAUCAGUAGUAGAAGUACUAGUAGUGGUAAUAGUAGUGGUAGUAGUACUAUAGUAGUAGUAGUAGUAGUAGUAGUAGUAGUAGUAGUAGUAGUAUCGUAGUAUCAUAGUCAUCGUCAUCAUGGUGGUAGCAGUAGUCGUAGUAAAAUAUAACAGCCCCAAAAUUUUGAUUUUCACUUUGAUAAUAUCCUAACCCUAUUAUACCAGACAUAUAUUUUUGAGCGAAUGUUUUCGUUAAUUCAUAAAUACUCGUUCACAUUUUAGCAGUGCCACGCGUAAUUAACAGUCAUCUGGUCGAUGAUUUCAAGUUAGAAGAUAUCUCCAUAACUCGCCAAACGCCGUCAGAUCCCACACGAACUAUCUGUGAUGGCAAUACUCGUGUAUAAACAUGCGGGGUCAAAACACGAAGAAAGAGUGAAUUCAUUUUGCCUCUGAUCAAGACUCUGCAUAUUACUCAAUCAGCAUCUCUCAUGGGUGAUUUAUUUGAUCAAUAUUUUUCAUGCCAUUUUCAAAUUCCCCGAUGACACGUCAAUGAGAUAUAUAUUUCCCCGAAGCGAAGAUUUAUGCCACUACACUGAAUCCUGUCUGGAUUCAAUUCGCCCUUUCGAUAUGUUCAACAUAUUCCCACUUCUUAUGAAUGAUACGUUUGCUAUUUCGAAGUAGGAAAAAACGAUGCAAGAAUCUUUGGAGAUAAUUUAUUUAUUGAAUUAUGUAUCCGCUAGUUUGUGAGCUAAAAUGUAUUACUGAAUGUUGAUAGAUCAUGAACCUACUGGUAUGGCGGGUAGAGCAAGGGCGUAGGCUGGGGGGGGGGUGCACUGGGUUCACGUGCACCCUUCCGCUGAGGCAGAGAAGUUCGGACACUGGCAAGCAAAACGAAACUUGUACCCCUUCUACUUUCAACAGCUGAUUUUCAAAACUUUAGUUCCACCUUCCCAAGAUGUGCACCCCAUACCACUUUAGUACCUCCCCAUGCUCAAACCAGCAUACGCCCUUGUAGAGGGGUAAGAGAGAGAGAGAGAGAGAGAGAAGACGAAGAUAAAGGGGAGGGGGAAGUGAGAAGGCAGAUAAUGGACAAAACUUUCGGAAUCCUGUUAGAUUUGUUGCUUUCAAGAUUAUAUUCAAUCUUAAGUUCGCGUCCACUUCAGAAUUUCUGUUUGUAGUGUGCCCUAAUGAAUGUACAUGCAUCAGGACGAUCGGAACAAAUUAAGAGAUGGCAACCCGCUAUUUCGUAUUUCAUAAGCCGAUUUAUAAUGAACAUUACACACUCCUUACUCUUAUGCAUCCCCAAAUUUCUACAUCGUUUACAAUACUGCUUUAAAUUGUUCAAAUACUCUCAAUUCACAUGAUUAUCUUGUAUUUUUUUCAGCAAUAAAGUCAGUUUUUAAAGGUUUAAAUAUCGUAAUAUGUACUCCGAAUAAUAUGGACCGAGCAUAAUGUAUGCUAUGUGAGGCAAACAAACCGUGAAAAGGCAACACUUCUAUAAACCUACACUGACACCUGAUUUUUGUUCAGCAUCCUUUUUCUUUCCAUUGAUGAAGUGUCUCUAUGCAUCUACUGAGUCCAUAAUCUUUUUUGGGAAAUGAUUUCUGGGAAUCAUAUAUAGGAUAUCAUUGUUUGUGCGUGACUGUGUAAAUUAGGUUAUCAUUUCCAGCAGUGAAAGCAGCGAGCGUCCCGCGCUUUCGGCAGAUUCCAGGGGUCUAUCCACAUCAUGUCUAUCUUCUCUCCCUGUCUGUAAACAUUCGAAAUUCGAUUUGUUUUUUUAGGUUGGCGUCCAUUCUUAAAAAUAUAAAUCUGAUUUUUAAAACACAUCCACCUUCUAAACUUCAUUACAAUUGUUUCGAAUUUUAGUCCCAACAUAGCAAUUGUAAAGAUAAAAAAUGUCAUAAAAAGUCUGGUUUUCAUAAAUGGUGAAAAUAAGCGUAAUGGGAUGCCGAAA